AUGGAUAGUUACGUACGAUCCACAGAUCCGGUCUUAGCGCCAUAUACAACUAUUCCAAAUCUUUUGAGAAAAUGGGCGAACGAGGAUCCAAAAAGACUAGCCUAUAUUAUUUACAACAAGGGAACUGUACCAAAAACAAUAACGUAUGGUGAGCUAUAUGACAAAUCCGUCAGAUUGGCUAAAGGCCUUGUGCGUUAUGGGAUUCAUCAAGGGGAUGUCGUUGGUGUUGUUGGUAACAACACAGCAGAAUAUUUGAUUUGUAUAUAUGCCAUUCAGAUGACAAGGGCAAAACCACUCCAUCUGACAUUUCACAUGAAAGAUGGCUCCGACCUCAAAAGAAUGAUGCAGUUGGUUGGCAACUGCAAAAUGAUUAUGUUUGAUCCAGGGGAAGGCGACAGGCACUUGAAAAUCGUUCGUAAUUUCAUGACUAUUGAUCCACAAAACGGUCAUGUGACUCAAUGCGAAUUUCCAGAUUUGAAAUUGGCUGUCUUGCACUCACCACCGACGGAAGCAAUAGAGCGAUUUACGUUACAGAAUCUCUACUAUGAUGGAAACGAUGUUCAUCUUCCACAGGUUGACCCAGAUGAUACUGCAGCUAUAUUGUCAACAUCUGGAAGUACAGGAUAUUCGAAGGCGGUUGAAUUCAGUCACUUCAGCGUUAUUUUGAUCGGAUACAAUGCUCACUACUUACUGCAAACUGAAUCAUUUGAUAAAACCGAAUUAGUUUACUUCAAUGAUCGACCUUUUUAUUGGAUGGGUGGAUAUCCACUUUGGGAAAUCGUCACUGUUGGAACUCGUAUAACACAGACUAAUCUCUUUGCACCUACAUCGGCGUCAGUAGGGACUAACUAUGUGAUAGAGAUACUACAGAAAGAGCGUCCUUUCUGUGCAUUUUUUGGCACGCUGAUGUUAAACCAACUACUGCAUCGACAAGACAUUCAGAUAAAAAUACGCUCUGUUUGGACUGGAGGUCAACCUGUUCCAUCGACAAUUCUUGAUGGGUUGGGAAAGACAUUCGACAAUCUAGAUGUUGCGUAUGGAGCCACAGAAUUUGGACUAGGAGCAGGAAAAAUAUAUACUGCAUCAUCAACAUUGUCGCACAAAUAUCUUGGAGUUGCACCACUUUCAGGGGUUGACUUCAAAAUUGUUGACCGUAAUGGUUUGGUCGUGAAAUCGCCAGCUAGUGGAGAAGUUUAUAUUCGAACCCCAGUUCGAUUUCAAGGAUACCUUAAUAACGAAGAUAAAACGAAAAAUGUUAUCAUGCCUUAUGGCUGGUAUAAAACUGACGAUUUUGCUUACAUAGAUGCAGACAAUUCAUUAGUGGUGUCUGGAAGGAUUUCUGACGUAAUGGAAAUAUCUGUUUCUAAGGUUGCUCCAUUUUUUAUUGAGGCAGCAAUGAAAAAACAUAAAGACGUCAAGGAUGUAGUAGUCUUUCCUAUUAAACAUCCACUGACAGACGAUGAUGUCCCAUGUGCGUCAGUACUUACGCAGAAAGGAGCCAACGUCACCGCAGAGGGCCUUCAAAAGUUUACCAGAGAUGCCAUAAAAAUUGACGAAGAUGUAAAGAUGUUGGAGGACGCAUACGUUCCAAAGCACAUCAUAUUUUUGGAGGACCUACCAACAACCGGUACCGGGAAAAUAGACAGAAAAGCAAUUAUAAAACUUUCCGUACCGUUGAUUGAAAAUAUCAAAUGA